AAAAAUUUUCUCCAACCAUGAAGGUUCAUUGUUUACUAGUAACUGGUGGUAUUUAUGUGGCAAAUGGCUAUAUUACUCAUGAUAGUAUGCCAGACUUGCUAGCAUGGCCAGCUGUAUCAAUUUGUUUGGCCUCAUUAACAUUUACUGAAAGCGCACAUCAACUCCUUGAAUACUUUCAUACGAUUGAUUCUCUCGAUGAUGCAAACCAUAUUCGGGAACUCUCUUAUCAAAUUUCCACUGAAUGGAAAAAAAUAAUUAAAGUGCCAACUUUUUAUAUGAGUCUUAAUGACGUUGAAAAGGCUAUUAAAUUUACAGUUGAAAAAUUCAAGUAUUUAGUUCACGGAGACCAUCGUUUCCUUCAAGAAAUCCUCAAUAAAUCUGCACUCACGUUUUUGUCGCAAAAUCUUUUUAUUCUCUGUGGUAAGGAUUUACAUGAAGCCCUUGAUGAACUCUUUAUGGAAAAUGAAGAUGA